AUGUCUGGACUUUAUUUAUUUAAUUAUUCCACUACCUCUUCAACAAAAACGCAAUUAAUUAAUUUAAAGAAAAGACCCUCACUUAUUGAUAAAUUACCUAUUUUUACAAGAGAAGAUGUUCGAGCUAAUGUUAAUAGAAAUUGGAUUAUUGUUGGCUCUUUAGUCUUUGAUUUGACUGAUUUUUUAAAAAUACAUCCUGGGGGUGAUGAGAUACUUCUUGAAUUUAUUGGAAUGGAUGCUACAUCCGUUUUUGAAGAUGUACACCCGAAUAAUGUCAGGGCAUCUAUUGUAUUGUUAAAAUAUGUUAUUGGAAGAUUAAAAGAAGAAAAAGAAAGUAGGGAAAUUAAGGAAGAUUCUGAAAAUAUUAAAAAUGAAAGGAUAAAUAGUAAUACUAAUCAAAAUUUUAUUUACAGUAGAUCUGCUGAUGUUAAGUUUUUAAAUUAA